AUUAGGGAAGGAAAUACAGAGACACACCGAGAGAAAUGGGGAAGCACUGAGUGCAUAAAACUUAGAAUCAUGUUCACGCUUCUCACAAAAUCCAGACACAGAUUUCAAGAUGAAGUUUUUGCUGCUGUUGGUGAUGGUGACAUCAUGUGCCACAAGUCCUCAAGAUCUGACAGGUAAAAUGUUCACCUUCCCACUACAAACCAACACUGCUCAUGUGAAGCUGAUCACUACAAUUGACACUUUCAGCGCUGCAACCGUCUGUCACAGGUCCUUCUCAGACCUCAGAAGAGACCACGCCCUUUUCUCUUUGUCCACUACGAUUAAUUCCAAUGGCUUCCUGAUUUUCUGGGAUGAAGCAAACAAGGAGCUGGAGCCUCAUGUCGUUGAUAAAAAGUUAGAAUAUAAAGGAUUGGACUUCAAGUUGAACAUGUGGCACUCCAUUUGUACUACAUGGGACUCCACGUCUGGAUUGGUGCAGCUGUGGUUAGAUGGACAACCUCUGAUGAAGAAAUUUGUCAGCUCUACAUCAAUCAUCAGAGGACGCGUUUCAAUCGUCUUAGGACAGGAGCAGGAUUCCCAUGGUGCGGGGUUUGACAUGAAGCAGUCUUUCGUUGGCAUGAUGACUGAUGUCCACAUGUGGGACUAUACCCUCUCUGCCUGUGAGAUCCAGAAGUACAUGGAUGAACUAAACUUCACUCCAGGAAAUAUUCUCAACUGGGCAGCCCUGGAGUUUCAGAUUGUAGAGAGAGUGCUGAUAGACAAUAGACAAACUACCUGUUACUAAACUUUAAAACAAGAUCAUACAAUACCAAGAAUCACGUUUUCUAUGCAGUUAUGUCCUGAUGUGUUUAAUCAUUGUUGAUCAAAGGACAGGCUCUGAUUUAUCUCAAUAAAAUAAGCACAAAGUGUUA